GUCAUUUUUUAAAUUUAAAUUGACUAUCAAAACACGGGACAAUUACAUACUGCGUAGAGUUACUGCAAACCUCUGCAGAGCUUUGCAUUCUGUAGUAGAAUUCUUCAAUCAUGAAUAAACAAGUGACGUGCGCAACUAAGAAAAAAUAUAAUGAUGUACAAGGUUGUUCACGUAAUUAAUAGAGAAUGGUGCAAGUGUUUAAUAAAAAAAUCAUGGCUGUUUUAAAAAUGGAACAUUUUGUAAUGGAGUUGCUGAUUUAAUGAAGAAUGAUGAAAUGCUGUUGUAAUAUCUUGGUUAUAUUACAAUCAGUUAUUUGAGAACGUAUUAUUUUAUUAAUUAUAUGUUAAAAAAAUGAUUUUAUAAUAAAUUUCAUAUAAGUGUAAUUAAGUUCCAAAAAAAGAAGCUGCAAUUAUUUUUGGAACAUAAGUUGUAAGACAAAAUAAUCUAAAAGCGUUAUUUAUCGUACAUUUAUGAAAUAGAAUAAAAUAGAUAUUUUAUAAAAUUUACAAAAAUGAGUAUGGAAGAUGAAUGUAACGUAGCUGCAAGAUAUCGAACUGUCCGCAAGCAUUUAGACAGUUUAGGAUACAAACAAGCACUUACAUUAGAUUCACUUCCUUUGAUAGAAAAGUUAUUGGCUGAUUUGAUACAAACAACAGAAAGCUUAAAGCAUUUUAAAAGCAUUGCUCAAGAAAAUAUCGAGGCUUAUACUCAGUUACAAUCAACAAUUGAUCCGUACAAAUGUGAUAAUGUAAGGCUAGUGCAAGAAUGUAACCAGCUUCACUUAGAUUUGAUAAAAGAAAAGGAAUGUCAUCAAAAGCAGAUUAAGGACCUGAAGAAGGAAAUAUAUAAAUUAGAGCGUGAAUGUAAUGAUCUUCAACUGGCGUCUUCUCGGAAUUUACAUAGGAUUAAAGAGCUAGAAGCUGUAUCUGCUAAGAAAUCAAAAAGAAUUUUGGAACUCCAAGGAAAAUGUUUAAAGCCAUCCGUCAGUAAUGUUGGCCUAGUUUCUAAGAAACGUUCCGUUUUCCCACUACGAAGACCAGUUAUAGAAAGUGAACCGUUACCAAAAACAGGAGUUAAAGUUACUCCGUUACCAAACUUAAGUGUGGCAGAACCAAAAAUUGUUGAUUUAUUAAGCAUGGCAGAUCAUAAGAUGAAUUGUUUGAGUCAUGAGGUAACAAAAUUGAAGGGAGAUCUCUCUUUACAAAUCGAUAAUGUACAAACAUUAAAGAGUCAGCUAACUAUGAAGGAAAAAGAAAUUUUGCGACUGAAGAAGAUGUUAGAAGGAGGUAGACCAUAUCUGGCUGUUUCUAAAGAUUGUGCUUGUAAAAAAGCAGAAAGCAGUUUUGUAAUGUCCAAUUAUAACAUAGAUGGUAAUGAAUUAAAAGUUCUUCAACAAGAAAAAUUGGAAUUAGAACAGCAAUUAAAAGAAGCUUUAAAUAAACAACAUGAUGCUAUGUCUCAAGCACUUAAACUUGCUGAUCGAAAUGAGGAAUUAGAAAAGGAAUUAAGAGACAUAGAUCACAUAGCAUUAGCUGUAGAAGCUGAUUGUAAUUCUGCAGUUAAAGAAAACAAUAGGAGAGUUUCUAAAUUGCAGGAAAAAUUAGAGAAUGUAAUGGCACGAGUACACGCAUUAGAAGCUGAAUUAACUGUUGAGCAUAGAGAAGUACAAGAAUUGAGAGCAGAUCUAGAAGCUUGUAAGCUGGAGAAACGUACUAUUGAACGUACUUUGGAAUCUACAUUAGAUGAGAAGAAACAGAUGACUGACAGGAUAAAUGAGUUAACAGUGAUUGAAAAAAAUUUAAAUGAUGAAAUCGAAAGAUUGAUUAAGGAAAAUGAAAAACAAAGACAAGAUAUUAUUCAAUUACAAUAUAGUAAUAAAUUAUUAAAGGAACAAAUAAAUAGAAGGGAAAUAUUAUUAGACGAUGUCGGCAUAAAUUUGAAAGAUGCUAAAGAAAAGGGACGAAAGAAUGAUUAUGAUAGAGGGCAAGGUAGAACAGAAUUUCAAGAAGCAUAUAAAGGAAGAGAUCUUCUUCAAAGUAUAAACGAUGCUGGAUAUGAAAAAGAAAUUGAAAUAAAUGAUUUACAACAAGCUGUGGAGCAACUAAGAAGGGAACGAGAUUUUUAUAAAAAUGAAUACAAGAAUAUCAAGGAUAACUAUAACAAAACGAUUGAAAAAGAUCAUGUUGACCUAUGGUCGCGAAUACGAGAAUUAAAAUGUGAGUUAAACGAAAAGGAAAAUGCAUUAGAUGAAUUACAGCGAGAAAAGAAAGACCUGCAUCGUGAAAAAACAAAUUUAGAAACACGUUUACAAACUUAUAAAACUGAACAUAAAGCACCUUAUCGACCUUGCAAUGUAUGCAAACGUAGUGUUGGCUGUAAUUGUUCUCCUCCGUUAAUGAGAGACGUUGGCAAGACAAAGAAUAUUAUUGAACGUCUGGAACAUGAACGGGACAUUGCACGGGCAGAUGUCGAUCGUUUAAUUGAAGAACGCGAUGCAUUACGUGAAAGAUUAAAGAUGGCUGCGGAAGCACAUACAUCUGAACAACGUCGUCUGAAAGAAAACUUGACCGACGUUGAAACUCGAUUGAAACAGAUAGAAAAGGAACGACAAGAGCUUUUACUUACGCAAGGAGCACGAAGAGCAACUAUCAAUGGACUAGAGGAUCAAUUACAAGAUUUGCGAGAAGAGUUAAAACGGACUAAGCAAGAAUUAGGAACUCAAAGAACACAAUAUUUUCAACUUCGAGCUCUACAAGAUCAAACGGAUCAGGCUUUGGGAGAUGCUCAGAAUCAAUUGACACAGUCGGAGUCCGAACUGAAUAAGACGUUGGACCGUAAUAGAACGAUGGAACGGCAGCAGUUGGAGUUAGAAAAUCAAGUGGAAGAAUUACAACAAGAAAUUAACAAUCUUAAAGCAAAUAUGACACAUUUGGAUCACGAAAAAGAUCAAUUGCUAAUGGUAUUGGACGAGAAGACAGAAAGGAUAGCUACUCUAGAAAAAGAAAUUCUGAUGAAAGAAGAACAACUAAUAGGAAGCGAGCAACAGAUUCACGAUCUGCAACACAAAAAUCAAAUAUGCGUGGAUCAAAGCGCGGAUCAGGACAGACAACUGAGAUCGAUGCAACUGGAGGUAGAAAAUCUUCAACGACAAUUGCAAACGGCGUCGUACGACAAGGAGAAUGCUAUUCAGGAAAAUCGACGAAUACAGGACGAUUUAGCCGCGGCUACUUGCGAAGUGAGAAACCUGCAAUGCGAGAUAGAAGCGUCUCGCGCCGAAUCCUACGAUCUGAAGAGACAGCUUCAAACGUACGUUAGCGAGGUCCGCAGAGCCGAGGAACUCCUUAACAGAAAGGAAAAUGAAAGAACGGAAAUGUUAAAUCACUUCAGAAGUCUAAGUUUGGAAGCAACCGUUUUAGAGAACAAUAACCAUAGUUUGGAGUCUGAAGCAGCCGAAGCAAGAGGAGCACUGCAAUCGGCUAGGGAUCGACUGUUGGAUUUAGAACGACAAUUGGCGGACAAGGAUAGUUUGAUAAGAGGCUACGAAACGCAGAUCAGUGAAUUGACCCAAAGUGUGGCCAGUAUAGAAACACAAUUGCGUCAGCAAGGAGAACAGAGGCACAGAGCAGAAGCUGAUUUAACCGCUGUUAGAGAUUUAUGUAUGAAAUUGGAUCAGCAGAAAGAUACACUUAUGCAGCAAUUAGAUGAUAAAGAUGCGCUUAAAACACAGUAUGAUAUGCAAAUUACUAAAUUAAAAGCGGAGCAAGCCGUAAUUCACGAUCAAAUGAGUAAAGACUGCGCGACGGUCGAGCGCCUCGAAAUGCUAUUGGAUCAAGCAAGACAGGAAUCUAUAACUGUGCAGGCUAAUAAUCAGGAACUGCAAAACGAGGUGUCCAGAUUGAGACAGAAAAUGUCUGAACUUCAAAGUAAAUUAUCUUCGGAAUCGACGAAACUUCGGCAAUAUCAAACUCAAGCUGCGGAAUAUUGUAAGCAAAUCAGCGAACUACGUAGACAAGUUACGCAUGAAAGAUUCGAUCGUGCGAGGAAAGAAGAAGAACAUCGUAGCAGGUCUUUUAAUUCAACGCCAGACAGUUUUAACGUAGAUUCAAAUAUGGUCGUAUAAAGUCGUUUAACCUACUCUAAUCAAUAUAGAUAUUUACAGAAUGAAACGAGCAGAGAAUGCGAUGGUCAGACUGAAAAACACGGAAUGAAAAUG